AUGCGUCAAGCUCAAGACAACUUCUCGCGCGAGAUUGACUUGCUCUGCCGCUUGUCUCACCCCUACGUCCUCCGCAUGUUCGGCAUCUGUGCAGACAACCCCACGAGGUUUAUGACGAGAGCGCAGGGAGGAGAUCUCCGAGACUACAUCGACGCUCGCGGGGUGCAAAGUGAGGAAGAACGUAUCAGGAUCAUCACGGAGCUUGCUUUCGGCCUCGAUUAUCUACACGCCAAGGAUAUUGCACAUAGGGAUUUCAAGAGUCGGAACGUCCUCCUGACCAUGGACAAGACUUGCAAGAUCUGCGACUUCGGGUUGUCGAAGGAGACAGGCAACGACACGACCGCAGGUUCAAGCCUCGGCACUCCUGCAUGGUCAGCCCCUGAGAUCUUGAGAGGAGAAUGUCGAGAGGUAAGAUAA